AUGUCUGGAGCCCAGUCCCCAAAGACAGCUCUUGAAAAGAGUGAUCGUGUUGGUUCAUUGAAGAAGAAACUAAGGAAUUCCCUGACGAGGAGCAGGAGACGAAGCAGCAGCAAGGUCAUGUCGGUUGAAAUUGAGGAUUUCCGCGAUGCUGAGGAGUCGAAAGCUGUUGAUGAGUUUCGCCAAACUCUUGUUUUGGAGGAGCUACUCCCUGAGAAGCACGAUGAUUAUCAUAUGAUGCUCAGGUUCCUCAAGGCCAGGAAAUUUGACAUUGAGAAAUCAAAGCAAAUGUGGUCUGACAUGCUUCAAUGGAGGAAGGAAUUUGGUGCUGACACCAUCAUCGAGGAUUUUGAAUUCAAGGAACUCGAUGAAGUGUUGCAAUAUUAUCCUCAUGGACAUCAUGGUGUUGAUAAGGAUGGACGCCCAGUGUACAUUGAGAGAUUGGGCCAAGUAGAUGCCACCAAGUUGAUGCAAGUCACCACCAUGGAACGUUAUGUCAAAUACCAUGUCAAGGAGUUUGAGAGGACCUUUGAUGUGAAGUUUCCAGCUUGCUCCAUUGCUGCAAAGAAGCACAUUGAUCAAAGCACAACCAUCCUUGAUGUUCAAGGAGUGGGGCUUAAGAACUUCAACAAACAUGCCAGGGAGCUCAUCAUGACCCUUCAGAAGAUUGAUGGUGACAAUUACCCAGAAACCUUGAACCGCAUGUUCAUCAUCAAUGCAGGUUCCGGAUUCAGAAUAUUGUGGAACACUGUAAAAUCCUUCCUUGACCCAAAGACCACAUCGAAGAUCCAUGUUCUUGGCAACAAGUAUCAAAGUAAAUUGCUUGAAAUGAUUGAUGCAAGUGAGUUGCCAGAGUUUUUGGGUGGCACUUGCACUUGUGCUGAUCAAGGAGGCUGCAUGCGUUCUGAUAAGGGUCCUUGGAAGGAUGCUGAAAUCCUAAGGAUGGUUCAAAAUGAUGAGCACAAAUGUUCAAGAAAAUGCGAGGCCCCUGUCGUUGAAGAGAAGACAACUUCUGAUGAGACUCCCAAGAUGGAGGCAGAUCUCACCUCACAAAUGUGUUCUGUCAUCGCUCAGGUCCCUUCUACUAAAGCUUACAACUACGAGGACUUUGUCCCUGCUGCGGAUAAAACUGCUUGGAAAAAGGUCGAAGAAAAUGAGACAUUUGCAGUGUCCAAAGCCCCAGUAGAUGCCUACGCCAUGCUUGAUUCAUGCAAGAUUCACGAAAAAGUGAAUUCCCAGAUAUUCACUGGGGUGAUGGCAUUUGUGAUGGGCAUAGUGACGAUGGUGAGAAUGACAAGAAACAUGCCAAAGAAGCUCACUGAUGCCAACUUCUACUCGAAUUUCUCAGGCAGCCAAGUGAUUCCUUCUUCUGACCAAAUGACAAACCCUGUCAUUUCAGCUCAAGAGUUCAUGACUGUCAUGAAACGCAUGGCUGAGUUGGAAGAGAAGAUGAUCAACAUGAACACCCAGAACCCUUGCAUGCCACCUGAGAAAGAGGAAAUGCUCAAUGCUGCUAUUACCCGCGCUGAUGCUUUGGAGCAAGAACUUUUGGCGACCAAGAAGGCUUUGGAGGAUUCACUUUCCAAGCAAGAUGAGCUUUCGGCUUACAUUGAGAAAAAGAAGAAGAAGAAGAAGUUGGUAUGUACCUUACAACUUAAUAUGUACCUUUCAACUUAA